ACCUUGGUCCCCGUCUCGAAAGUUCAAUGAAGGCAGACGCCUCCCUCCAGCCAGGAACAUGAAGGGCUUAUCGGGCAGCCGAUCCCAGCACCAGAUCCCUUUACCCUACGGCUUGGACUAUGACCCCCACGUCCAUGACCUCCACGCUCACCAUGGCUCUGACUCCCGCCACUCGUCCUACCUGCUCAGCCCUACAGAGAGCUGCCCCAUGGACUUCCACCACCGCUACUCGCCGCGCAGCUCCAUCCACUCUGACUGCAUGAUGAUGUCCUCGGUCAUGAUGCCCCCAGCUGCUGCGUCUGACCACAUCUCCAGCAGCACCUUCCCCAGAAUGCACUACAGCUCUCAGUAUUAUGACUCAGCAACGCGGGACGACUGCGCUGCCAUCACAGCCUCAGCCACCUCCCCGGCUGUCACUGCUGCUGCAGCCGCGGCGGCCGCUUCCUCCCAUCUCGCCGGCACCAAGAGCAACCGCCUUCCUGCUAACCUACUAGACCAGUUUGAGAAACAAAUACCACUACAGCGCGACGGCUUCCACACGCUACAGUACCAGCGCACCUCCACCACCACUGAGCAACGCAGCGAGAGUCCUGGCCGCAUCAGACACCUCGUUCAUUCUGUCCAGAAGCUAUUCACCAAGUCCCACUCCCUGGAGGGCUCAUCCAAGAUGAAUGGCACAAAGGGGGAUAUUAUGGGAGGUGGAGGCGGGAGCUAUCACCAUCAUGGCCACCACUCCACCAAACACGGUAGCAAGAGGAGCAAGAGCAAAGAACGCAAGCACCGCUCUGGCGGCUGGUGGAGCUCCGACGACAAUCUGGAUAGUGACAGCACCUACCGCACACCCAGUGUCAUGUCACGGCACCACGGGGAACAUGUCAGCCACUGCUACCCGGAUUCCAUGCACAGCCACCACUUUGGAGACCUGUCACUCAAGACCUCUAAGAGUAACAAUGAUGUCAAGUGCUCGGCCUGCGAGAGCAUGGCUAUGGCGCCCGAGGGCAAAUUCAUGAAGAGGAGCUCCUGGUCAACGCUGACAGUCAGCCAGGCCAAGGAGGCCUAUAGGAAGUCAUCGCUUCAUCUAGAUAAACCCACGAUGCACUCGGACCUCAAGCCAUCGCGGACAUAUCACUACCUGCAGGUGCCCCUGGAUGAGUGGGCUGGAUACCCAGGCGAGAAGGAUGAUGAGAUCCCUUGUCGGCGGAUGCGCAGCAGUAGCUAUGUCAAAGCUAUGGGAGAGGUGGAUGAUGAAAGCGGUGACUCUGACACCAGCCCUAAGACCUCCCCACAGAAGGCCAUUCGGCCUGAUGCUCUCGUCCUCAAAUCAGCCAUGCAGAGACCCCAUUUAGACUCCCAAAGCCAGGGCUACCACUUGCAAACAAGAGAAAUGCGACCCCACCCUAGUGUCACGCUGGACCCUGCCUCCUUUCACCCUCCGCCCUUCCGCUCUCGCAACCAGAGCUACAUGCGCGCCGUCAGCACCCUCAGUCAGGCUAGCUGCGUCAGCCAGGUGAGUGAGACUGAGAUCAAUGGCCAGUUUGAGUCAGUUUGCGAGUCCGUAUUUAGUGAAGUAGAAUCCCAGGCCAUGGAAGCCUUGGACCUGCCUGGUUCGUUCCGCACUCGAAGCCACAGUUACCUCCGUGCAAUUCAGGCUGGUUAUUCCCAAGAUGAUGACUGCUUGCCUUCAAUGACAUCCUCCACUGUCACUUCAACUCUCAGAUCCACAACAGAGGGAUAUGAUGUUUUGGAUGGGACCUCUUUACUAAAUGAAGACAUGAUAGAGGAUGAUGACGGUGCUAGCUCCUCUGCCUAUGUGGAGCUGGAGAGACUGGAGAGAGAGACUGCUGCUGCUCGCAGCCAUCACAGUACUAGCUCCACCGUAACAGCCAUCUCUGUCCCACCGGCAUCCCCACCUUCAUACAGGAUCCCUUCUGUCUCGCCCAUAUCCUCUGAGCCAUCGGUCCCUCAGGCCAUGCAGGCCUUUAAAGAGUCUGCUAACAUGGUCGCUGCCUUCAACUUACAGUGGAAGGAUGAAAUCUCAGCAAUGCGCUAUGAACUGGCAGAGCUGCGUCGAGACGUCUGUGGUGAAUUGAAGACUUUCAACAGUAACUUCUUCAACUUUACUCAGUGCUACAACAUGUGGACUUUGUGCCGAGAGCCCUGCAGCGACAGCACCACACAAACAGACGACAGAGUGUCCAUAGGUAUUCAAGCAGGCUCAAGUUGGUCCAUUCGACAGAAUAAGGAGGACAAAUCAGUGAUGUGCCAACCAGAGCCAGCACCCUUCAGCAUUAUGGAUUUGAUGGACCCACCCCGAAUUGAGAUUAUAGAGGGAACUCCUGAGAGCACGCCGGAGGGUUCAGGCAGCCCGGCCAGCCCACUUCCAAUUGAGGAUUUCCCAUGGGAGGAUCACCAAAAAGCAAAAGGCCCAAAAGCAGCCAGACACAGUUGGCCACACAGGUGGUCACAGAAGCGCCAGUCUAGAACUGUGGAGCAGGAAGUACACCAGUGGGCCCAUGUCAUAUCUGUCUAUGUCAUUCUAAUCAUUCCCAUUCUACGCAUACUGUAAAAUGAGACGAGGAAGCCAGGAUAAAAACCUGACAUUUACCAAGAAAAAGGCAGAGCUGUUGUUAGAUGUCCCUUUACUCUAUGCAGACACAGAGUCUGUCAUCCAUUGAACAGGUUACAAUGUUGUUCAAACAAUCUUUUAAUAAGUGUCUUGGUUAGCCAUGGAAUAAAAGAGAAUGACUUUGUUUUACACCAGAAUGAAGUGACAUAAGAAUGUGAGAGAGAAUGUGGCUGAUGCUUAGAUCCUCAAGUGCCAAUAAGUGCGCAACAUCAUCUUCCCGCCGCUAUCUUAACCUUCAGAGAGAAAACGUCCAUUCAAGGUAAUAUGAUCGGAAAUCUGAGGGUCAUUUAAUGAUAAUCUCAAUAAUCAGCCAUUGCGAGGUGAGGCAUAAGUUGGUUUGUUUCUGCAAAUGAAUAGUUCAUGUUCAUUCCAGUUUCUCUUCCUGUAGAAACUUUCUCUUAAGCACCUGAGUAUACUGAAAAAAUACUGUGAAUAACUUUAUAAACCCUAGUUUUUUAAUGAAUGCAUCAAAGAUGAAUACAUUAUUUAUGAAUAUAUUGAUAUAUCAUUUCAUUUUGAGUUAUUUUAAAUCGAAGCAUUCCUUCCCCAUGGCCUUCAUCCAUUUUGUAGCCAGUUCUAGUUGAAAUGAGCAUUUUGAAAAUGUUCGACGUACAAAAGUUUUCUCAAUGGCGAACUGUUGAACCACGCAGCAUAAAGAAGUAACUGUAAUCAUUUGAUAAAUAGUAGACAGUGCUCACAACAACUUAUAAUGACAUUUGUGAAAGCCUAAUGGAAUAUUGUAUGGAUGACAUCGUCUCAAUGCUUUGUGGACGUAGUCCCAGGCUAGAGGAAACGUUUGUGCCCGUGGAGAGGAAGCAGUGAGGGAGAAUCACGGGGAUCGAGAAGUAUGAAUGUAUUGGCUUUAAAUUCAUUCUUGCACAAACUGCAUUCAUGUUCAAACUCUGUAUAUGUAUAUAAAUGUACCAUUUUGUAUAUAGAGAAACUUAUAUUCAAUACUUGUACUGUUUGCAAAUAUAAACAUACUCAUUCCUUGACGGCGCUGAGGGGUUAUAGUCGUAAUUGUGGUUCUAAACCAAACACAGCACUUUUUCCAGUCUUUCUGUCGCCAUUUAUGCAUCAUGUUCAUCAUCCAGCUGUGUGUGCACCUCCAUAAGGAAGUUGGUAGUUCAUGCCAGUGUUUCGGCUAUGGUUUUUCAUGCAGUGGUGACUGGAGGUUUGACUAAGAGUCUCACCUAUCCAUUCGUUUUUAUUUACGAGGAAAAGGUUUAAAAAUACUGAAUUGGCUAUAUUGUUUUAGGUAAAAUUAUGUUGACUACAUUCUACCAUAUUCACCUUUUUUUUUUUUAAAUGCCACAUUUCUCUAGUAAUCUGGACCUUCUCAUGCUGGGUUAGUUCAUCACUGCUGAAAGAUAACAGAGAAACAUUGGUCCCUAUAAGUAGACAAUCAGAGCCACUGAGGGCCUCUACCUCUUCGACAUGUCCCCAGAGGUGCAGUAUAGUACCGCUGAAUGUACUAACACCGCCUCACUAGUGAUGGCUUAGCUGGGCUCCUGUCAAACCUUAAUGGGUGGGAGCCCUCAAUCAUCUGCUAUAUUUGACCUAUUGCUCAUUUUGUCUGUUACUCAUAAAAUAAAAGUUGCUCAUUAGCCACUGGCAUUCCCCUCAACCACUCAUCUGGCCCAUUGUCUCAUUGUACCAACAUGGUGUACCAAAGUUACUGUAAUACUGAGGCCCGUGGAACUGAGGUCAACAACAAACGUCUCCCAGCUUGACAGCACUGAUCUUUGGACGAUCACUGCAGCACAGGACCAUGGGAAAGCCUGUAUGUAUCAGACCCCUGACUGAAAUGUGAACCUUUCAAAAGGACUUUUAAUAAAGGAGAGCCAUCAUAUCUCACUUUAUAAAGAGAGUGGAUCUUCUUCCCCCUUUUUGCAUGACCAAAAGACAAUACAUGCAGAAAAGUGGCAUUUUGAAAAGAUGAUAUUUAUACAAAAGGUUGUACUAGAGAGGUAAGAUCUAAAUUAAAGAUGAAGCCACAGAAGAAGAAAAACACAGACAAUUUCUUUCAAGUUAUUGCAGUAGCUCCGCCCCACACACCUGUUACAGUGAGUCAUUAAACUUUAGCUUAAAACAUGAGUUAAAUCAUUUGCCUUGAUAAUCUAACAUGUGCUACGCAGGAACAUUACGGUAUGUUUGGCCGGUCACUUAAAGCAGCGACUCCAUAACUAGAAACUUGAGGUUUUGUAUUUACAACUAAUAAUAGGUAAAGAAUAAGUUCAAGUGUAUUGUUGCCAUUCUCCACUAUUUGCAAUACAGGAUAAGAUAAAAAAAAGAAGAAGCUUAUAACCUAUUUAUUGUUGUUCACAAGCCAAACAAACGCAAUCUUUAGUUUUUACAUCACAGACCGGCCAAAGGCUGGGAAAGCCUAAAUCAUACAUGAUUUCAGUGAAAGGCAUAUAACUGUGACAACAUUUAGCCUAUAACCAUUUUAAUAUAUGAUAUAUAUAUAAAGUAUAUAUGAAAAAAAAGGCUUGUACUCAUAUGUUUGCUUUAUGAAUGAUUAAGGAGGGGAUUGCAGUGGCGUUCCCAUUGUUUGGGGGAUGCAAACUAAUUUAAAGGUGCUGAAGACCAAUCAUGAUGUCUCUAAUCUACAUCCAUUCAUUCUAUGCAAGCCCUUUGUUCUUCGUUGUAUUUUUACAUCAUCUAAAUAUUUGCGGUUAUAGAUAUUAAGUGUUUAUGUUAAGCCUUCAUGCAAGCCAUCAAUGCCGGGAAUGGAAUGAUGUUUUCAGAAAAUAUUGGUGGCUCUUUUUAAAAAACAAUAAACAAUAAUUUUGUUAUUUUUGCAUGAGCCAGGGGCCACACUACAGGUUGUUGUUGUUUUUUUGUGUUUCCUGGCAGUUGUUUCAUUCACAUUUCUCCCAUUUUAUCUUCUAUGUAUACUAGAAUCAAAGAGUUUGUUGGUGAGAUUCUUGAGAUUCCUGCUUAGUGGUAGCAUCCGUGUGCUUUGUGACAUCGUAUACAAAAGAAAUGAACAAUCAUAAGUGCGUCACACAUUGUCAAUUUAUUUACUGACUACAGCAAAAUUACAAAAGGAAGCUUGUGAUGAUCAAAUUGGAAAUGCUGUACAAAUGCUUAACAUCCUUCUAAAUUUAUAUCCAAUUGAACUGCAAACUGGUGAUUGAUCCCAGGGAACUCACCCGCGCUAGAAAUGAGUUUAAUCCAGUGUGUCGUUAUCAUUUCACCAUUUAGCCCAAAGAAAUGACCCUUCCUUUAAAACAAGUUGACAUGUAGCAAAAAACAAGUAUUAUUUAAAAAAUAUAUAUAUACAUGAAAGAUGUACAUUUAACAAAGAGGAAAUAGACAAAGGGUAUUAUUUUUAACCAUAUUUUGUGUAAUGAAAUAUAUAAUUAUUUGUAAGAAAUUCUGAAUUGUCUACCUGAUAUGUUACAGUAUGUAGUUCAAUUACCCCCCCAUGAGUUUGUGUUUACAUUUUGUUGUCAUCCAGAGAUCUGAUGCAACAACUGUGCCAACUCUGUGACAUCCAGCUAUUAGGACAAAGGUUUUUUGGAUGGAAUCUGAUCUCACCUGAACAUGUAACACUGCUUGAAUAUAAAUCCUUUUCUACCCCUAUGUUCUCUUCCUGCAUUUAUUCUAAGGUUUCUUGGAGAAAACAUGUUACUCUGUUUUGCAUCAAUCAUGUUGCAAUUUUCAGGGAUCGCAGACUGCAUUGUUUAGUGAAUCGGACUUUGUCAAAGUUAUAAAGCACUUUUUGAAAACCCGUAGUUUAGCUUGCAUUUGUUAGCUUAAGCUUAUUUUGUUAAAAAGAAUGAAACCAGUAUGUGAUGCUUUUCUUUUCUUUGCUUAUUGUGGUGUUUAUUGUGAAUUUUUUUCCUUUACAACUUUUAUUGGCCUUAUGUAUUUUUCAUAAAUUGAUAAAAAACAAUGGAUUAAAAAUGUUUAUGAUGUU